UUAAAAUCAUAUGUGCCUAGUAUCUGUACAAUAUGGCGGGUUUCAACACUCUUUCUGUCACCGUGUUUCUUCUUUUUCUGGCAGUUCUGUACUGUUCUGCACAACCUCCUUUCAAAAAAUUUGAGUACAAAUACAGUUUCAAAGGUCCACACUUGAUACAGAAGGAUGAAACGGUUCCAUUUUGGCAGUACGGAGGAAGUGCUCUGGCCAGUGAAGACAAAGUUCGGGUAACCCCAUCACUGAGAAGCAGAAGAGGUUACAUCUGGUCCAAGAUGGAAACCAGUUUUGAUUGGUGGGAGAUAGAGGUCAUCUUCAAGGUCACAGGACGUGGUCGAGUAGGAGCUGAUGGAUUGGGUAUCUGGUUCACCCAAACCAGAGGAGAAGAAGGGGGCGUGUACGGAAGCUCGGACAAAUGGAACGGAAUGGGUCUCUUCUUUGACUCCUUCGACAACGAUAACCAGAGAAAUAAUCCUUACAUUCUAGUGGUGACCAACGACGGUACCAAGCAGUAUGAUCAUCAUAACGACGGGUUGAUGCAGCAGCUCGGCGGAUGCAUGAGAGACUUCAGAAACAAACCAUUCCCAGUCAGAGCAAAAGUAGAAUAUUACAAGAAUGUCUUGACAGUGUACUUCCACCAAGGAUUAAGUGCUAACGAUCAUGACUAUGAGCUGUGCAUGAGGGCUGAGAAUGUCUAUCUUCCUCAGAAAGGAUACUUUGGUGUGUCCGCAGCGACUGGUGGUCUAGCAGAUGAUCAUGAUGUUAUGAAGUUCCUGACCCAUAGCUUGGCAACACCGGAAUCUAAAAUUGAUAAAGACGGAUUCAUCACUGAUGAGGAGGCCAAAAAGUUUAAAGAUGAAUUUGAUGACUUCCAAGGAAAAUUACAGCAGCAGAAAGAAGACUUUCGCCAGCAACAUCCAGAUAAGAUCAGAGAUGAUUACGAUGAUACUGAUUCAUUUUUUGAAGAUGAUUUCACCAGAGAACUGAAGCUCAUUUUGACUACACAGAAUGGUGUUAUGCAACAGAUCAAAAUGCUAGGGAGUAAAUUGGAUGAGAUAGUCGGUCGACAAGAAAGAACCCUCUCCUUGAUGUCAUCGGUUCAAGCUGCAUCGGCAGCAUCAGUAGGAGGGGGCGGGGCACCUCCCGUACAGCACACCGGUGGGGCGGGGUCUGUUAUGCAGAGACACGAGGUAGACUCGCUUCUAAACACUCAAAGAGAAUUACAGCAAUCAGUUAGAGAUAUAAGAAAUGUAGUAGGUGAUGUUCAGAAUAAAGCAGGUCUGAUAUAUAAUCGCCAGCCGACCAAUCAGGGUGCUCAGAUGAACCAGGGGAAUCCCCUUGCAGAUCAUGAGAUGUUAGAUAAAAUCAACUCUAUACAAGACAGUGUACUCAAGCUAACACAUAGGCCUGAGACACAACAAGCAAUAUGUCCACCAGCGCCUGAUAUGCCUUCCUGCCUCACGCCAACAUUAUUCUUUGUUUUCGCGUUCAUUCAAAUUUUUGUGAUCUUUCUCUACACAGUAUAUAGGAGUAAACAAGAAGCAGCAGCAAAGAAGUUCUACUAAUCCAAGAAAAAGAGUUUUAAAAAACAGCAUUAUUCAUGGGAAACUCAUUUUUUAUCAGGACAUUUGUUUAUUAUUUUAUGUUUCUUUGUUUAGCUUAAAUUUGGACAUUAUUUUUUGUUGUAAAAAUGAACAGUAAAAAUGAAAAAAGAGUGAGUUCUGUUACGGGUCAGUAUUCAUAUUCUUGCCUAAAGGAAAUUGUCAAAGGUGAAAAAUUUUACUUUCUCAAUUUUUUCUGAUGUUCCAGAGCUUUACUCAUACUCCAAAUUUAGCUAGAAGUUUUUAUCCACUGCAACAGUAAAAGAUACUCGUUGGCAUAAAGGUUUCAUGCAAAUGUCUUUAACCUUUCUUUCGUGUUUCAUGAUUUGAAUGGAAAAUUUCUGUUGAUUCAUUUGUUUUCUCCCCUCAAGCUCACAUCGUUUAUAUGCAUCCACAGCAAUGGACAAGGUUAUUUGUAAAUAUGAAUUUAAUAAUAGUUAGCGGACUUCUCGGCUCUGUUUCAUUAAACAACUGCCACAGAUCAAUGUCACAGUGUGCUCAUAGCCAAUCGAUGCAAUGAUUUCAGCAGCUUACAUAAUGAAAAUAAAUGAUUAAUGAUCAUAAGUUUGAUGAAACGUAGCCCAGGUUAUGUUUUGUAUCACAAUGUUAAAUACUAAAAGGGUAAAGACUUUAAACCUAUAUAGAGUCACGAUUUUGCAGUUGGAAGAGAGGUGCAUGUAGCUAUGAAUUGUUGGAAUUCUCGUAUGCUUGAAUUUGAAGUCUUGAAUAAUGAAAUAAAAACAGCACAAAACGCAUUUCAAAUUUCUGGCAAAACCAUUAAUGAUUGAUACAUUGGAAGAUUACAGAUUAUUUGGGGCUAUGUAAAGCGCUCCAAAAAACAUUUGUAGGAUGUAUGCAUCCUUUGCUGCUAUUUUUACCUGGAAUUCUAACCAAACCAGACACAACUCAUAAUAAUAAUAAAAAACGGUGCUUAUAAAUGAGUAGCAAUGAAACUUUCAUUGCAUUGGUAGUUUGUAAUGGCUGUCUGAAUUGUCGAUUCCCUUUUUCUUUCUUUGUUUUUUGCGACAAAUUUUAUAGGAAGCUAUCGGAUAAAGGGUCAUUUGAGAUGACGUGCUAUUUUGUCAUUUAUCAAAAGUGUUCUUUUCAGAAUUUAUUAUAACUGCAAGGCCUUGACAUUUCCGAAAUUUUACAAAGUGAAGAGUGGUUGAAUGUAAAACAAAAAAAAUCUACAAACUGUUUAUGCAGAAAUAAAAUAUGUAUAAUGUUGGUGCUUUGUAGAAAGUAUAAAUUGCAAGGUUAUGAUUGUCUCCAUAGAAAUAUUUUAUUUUUAAACUAUGUAUUAAGGCAUAAUUUGAUUAUUUGAUCUGAAUACAUACAUUCUUGAUAAAUUUGUGAAAUAAGUUACAUCUCAAAAAAACUUCCAUUGCAUACAUAUGGCACAACUCUUCCUUAAAAUAUAUUUGAAGUACUUCUGUCAAAGAUUGCUUUUAAUGUAGAAAUCCUACCUUUUUCCCACAUCUCAUUUGAAAAAUGCCUUUUUUAUGCUGAUGGCUUGUUGUCAUUUUAGAAUAUUCUUCUUGAAUGUUGAUUAUGAUGGUAAUCAUGAGUAUUAUUAUGAUUUAUGAUAUUACUGUUCUUUUGUGUAUUGUUAAUGAUCUACUAACAGUAUAAGUAUCAUUAUUGUUGCUUUUAAUGAUAUGUAAUUAUUUCUUGCUGACAUUGAACAUUGAAACUGGAGGUUUGAGGUCAGAGACUUGAGCUCUUGUUUUAGAAAGCAAUUUUUUUUGAAAAGUCAUUCGUUCUUUCUGUUUUGUUUUGUUGGGUAACUGUUCUUCAUUGUGCUAUUAAAAUAAAAGUAAAAAAAUAAUAUAAUUUGAUGAAGGCAGGAGAUUCAUACAAGCCUUUUUGGGCUUGAAAUGCAGUAUUAAUAUUUUAUUAAUUUUAAUUUAUUCAGCAUUAUCAUUUUAACUGAUCUUUUGUCUGGCCUUGCAUGCCACUUUUAAAAAAUCUUGUACUUUGUUUUAUUUCUCCAUUACUUUCAUUCAAUAAAUUUCCAGAUACUUUAUUAAGGUCUACUAAUGAAAAAGAUGUUAGUAUAUUUUAUUUGUUUUUAUUUGUCUGUUUGGGAAUAAAGCAAUGUGAUUAGGGAUGUACGGUGAAGUAAAGUUUAUCUAUUACUCUUUUCCUUCUCAUUAUGCCCCUGCUCCCAUAUUGGUAGAGAGGCUUUUCGUCCAAAUAUUGGGGUUUUAUAAGUUAAUGAAGUUUAAAAUCUUAAUGUUGCAAUAUAUUUGACAAAUAAUGGAAGGCUUUCAAGGUUUGUUUUAUAGAAAAGGGACAUUAAUUUAUCUGAUUUAUUGAAUGUCAAAUUUUCACAAGGUGGAAUAUGUGCUAGAAUAUAUUGAUAUAUAAAUGCAUUGUACUUCCCUUUUUUUUUAAUUCCAAAGAAAGUUAUAUUUACGUAGGCAGGUUAUGUUUGAUGAUUAUGUUAUGUUUAAACCUUGAUGAUUAUGUUUGGUUCUACUUCAGUAUUUUGUUUGCAUGUGGCAUAUGCAAGUACAGCAAUGUACAGGUAUAAUAAAUACAGUUAUGUGUAUUUUGACAAAGCAGUAUCAAAUGUAUAGUUUCUUGAUCUGUAUCCUCGCUCACUUUAGAAUUAUAGAAUACUUUCAUGUGUCAUUGUCUUCAGUUCAAAGUUACAAACAUUCCAAUGCUGCAGCAAGGAAGUUAUUGUUAAUUUUAGUCUCAUUAUUAAAUUAAAAGUACUUUACAUGUACAAGGCAUGUAUACUGUACUUGGAAAAGGGCACGUCUGUUGAAAGCAUCGGUUUGAAAAGAAAACUCCAUUGGAACUUGUUAUGAAAUGAGUUUUCCAGUUUUCAGGAACUUUCUCUUCAAUAUCUGAAAGAUACAUACAUGAUGUGUAGGUAAAUCAGAUAGCAAAAUAUGCACUUUCUGUAGUACAUGUAGGUCAAAAUCAUGUCAACUGCAAGGUUUGAGGUUUACGACAUGAUCAUUCUGUCAGAGGAGUACUGUAACAGGCCUCAGUUUGUGUUAAUUCCAGUUAGUUGUACACAUCUGUCAAUUAGUUUUCAGUUGUAUAUGUUUACGUGUGUAUUUCAGAUUUGUUUUCUUUUUUCUUCAUUUCACAAUCUAUGAUACUUGGAUUAUGUUAAUAAAUUCUACCUUUAUGUUUACUUCAUAUUUUAA